CGUGCGCCAGCAAUUCACUAUGCAUUCCUCCAAAACCUCAAAACGACGGCGUUACGGCACUUGCAUUCGCUUUCUGAUGAAGAAAGACUGUUUCAGCUUCAUCCAGCUGCUCAGCCCGACACCGCGAAGGAGGAGGAGGUUCCGCACGAUGUUUUCCGACAGCCUCCUUGUCAGCGACCUCAUCGCCGAAGGUGUGUCGGGAGGGGUCGCUCUCUCGCUGCUCAAGCUGUGGGAGCACACGGCUAGGAGAGGCGUCUUUGACCAGAAACUAAAUAGGAAGCUUGUUCACAUAACUGUGGGACUAGCAUUCAUGCUUUGCUGGCUUAUGUUCAGUUCUGGCCGACAGGGAGCACUUUUCGCAGCUCUCAUUCCCGCUGUUAAUAUAAUAAAAAUGCUUCUGACCGGACUUGGAAUAUUGAAGGAUGACGCAACUGUCUUGUCCAUGACCAGAUAUGGGGACUAUAGGGAACUCCUUAAGGGGCCAUUGUACUAUGCUGCUACUAUCACUUUAGCCAGUGCCGUUUACUGGAGAACGUCUCCUAUCGCAAUCGCAGCAGUGUGUAACAUGUGUGCUGGUGAUGGUAUGGCUGAUAUUGUGGGACGUCGUUUUGGUGGCCAGAAACUUCCCUACAAUCAAAAUAAAUCAGUCAAUGGCAGUAUUGCAAUGGCGAGUUUCGGUUUCUUGGCUUCUCUCGGAAUCAUGAUGUACUAUGCAUCUUUCGGGUUCAUGGAAGAAAGCGCGAAAUUGGUUAUUGGGUUUUUGGUAGUGUCUGUGGCUACUGCUUUAGUUGAAUCACACCCUUUGAGCACUGAGCUCGACGACAACCUGACCGUGCCACUGACCGCGGUUUUGGUUGGCAGUUUCGUCUUCUGAGUAGGGGUGAUGUAACGGACUACUAUUGCCACGAAUGUGAAAUAUUUUUAUUAAGCCUAACCAACCUGUUGUAGGAAU